CGAAAAAUCCUUACGAUUUGAAGGGCUAAAUUAAUAUUUUAUUAAAAAAGUGUAGAAUUUGAUUUUGAUUGAUCGAUCAUGCUAAGAACGCAACCAUAGAAAUUACAGCAGUCGUUAUUUAUACACUAUUUACAAGUUCACUUGUAAAGCAUCUGUUGCCAUUUUUAAACCCAAAUUUUCUAUCACUACACAGAUGAAUUAUUUAUUAUCUAUAUUUGUUUUUAUUUUCAAGUUUCUAAGUUUCACCUUGUAGCUUAGGUUCCAUCAUAGUGUUCUUCUGCAAAAUGUGUUCACAUCAUUACCGUUCAAAAUGCAUAGCACCAACAACCACCGUGUGCUUCCUUUUACCACUCAUCUCUUCCAUCUUCUUCACCAUUUCCACCGCCUGCUCUAACGGCAACUGCCAGCAGGUUCUUGAACCAUGUUCUUCCCCUACGGAUUGUGGGUCGGGUCUCUUUUGCGGUAAUUGUCCUGCUUUGGGGUUGAACCAACCCAUUUGCACCAGAGGACAACCUUUACUUCCCACUUCCACUGUGAAUGGAUUGCCCUUUAAUAAGUAUUCGUGGAUUGUGACUCACAAUUCCUUCAGCAUUGUCGAUUCUCCGCCUUUGCCUGGUGUUCAGAGACUGACAUUUUACAAUCAAGAAGAUAGUGUAACUAAUCAGUUGAGGAAUGGAGUGCGAGGACUAAUGUUGGAUAUGUACGACUUUCAAAAUGAUAUUUGGCUCUGUCAUUCGUUUCGAGGGCAAUGCUUCAACUUCACUGCAUUUCAACCUGCAAUCAAUACUUUGAAAGAAGUGGAAACAUUCUUGACGCAAAAUCCAACAGAGAUUGUUACAAUCAUAAUUGAAGACUAUGUGCAUACCCCAAAGGGUUUGACUAAUCUGUUCACAAGUGCUGGACUGGAUAAGUAUUGGUUUCCUGUAUCGAAGAUGCCAAAAAAGGGUGAUGAUUGGCCCACUGUCACUGAGAUGGUUCAAGCGAAUCGCCGACUUGUUGUUUUCACUUCCGAUGCUUCGAAGGAAGCCGAAGAAGGAAUAGCUUAUCAAUGGAAGCACAUGGUUGAAAAUGAGUCUGGAGAUCCCGGAGUUCAAAAGGGUUCUUGUCCACAUAGGAAAGAAUCAAAGGCAUUAAACUCGAAAAGUGCAUCACUUUUCUUGAUGAAUUACUUUCCUACAUAUCCGGUUCAAGCUGAUUCGUGCAAAGAGCAUUCUGCUCCACUUGCUGAGAUGGUGAAUACAUGUUAUAAAGAUGCAGGGAAUGUGGUGCCUAACUUCAUAGCUGUUAACUUCUACAUGAGGAGUGAUGGAGGUGGUGUUUUUGAUAUUGUGGAUAGAAUGAAUGGCCAUACAUUGUGUGGAUGUAGUACAGUUGCUGCUUGCCAGGCAGGUGCACCUUUCGGGUCUUGCAAGAAUAUUUCAGUACCUAGUACAAGUCCAGUGAGCAGCAACGCUGGUGGAAGCUUUACCGGAUCGGUUCAGUUCUCUAAAUCUGCUUCGCCUGUCCAUUAUUCAAAUUCCGUGCUCGUGUUCUUGUUUCAGUUCAUGCUUGUUGCAGUCUUGUUGAGACUAUGAUCACUAAACAUUAUCAUAUACCUUAUGCAAGCUAGUCUUUUCAUGAAAAGCUCUACCGUCUUUGCAUGUAAACUACCGCAUUACCUCGAGCUGCGAAAUUCAUGGAAAUGUUGGUAGGUUAGGAAAUUAGAUAAGUUUAUGCCUUAGGCUAUAUUCAAGGAUAUUUAAAGACAUUUGUGGUAGAUUGAAAUCAAGAGAGAUCAAUAUUCAAGAAUUUCUUUAUCUGGAGCUAUAAGCAGUUCAGGUAUGUUAUAUUCUUCUAUGUAGAAAUCAUAUUCUAGAUAUUUAACAUUUGACAUUAAAAAAAAUUCUAAUAGAAAGAGUAUUUAUCUAUUAUA